AUGGCGGCCGUCAUGAUGAAUGGCAUUGGCCCGGAUGGUGCCAUGAAGUCGAACUUGGACCAGAAGCUCAAUAACCAUGGAGGCGAUACCAAGGCCGUGUCGAGCUCGGAGAUAGUACAACAACAGACACCUGCGCGGUCAUUACAGUCCGAUAACCCUUUAAGGAUGAAUGAUCUGCCAGACGAAAUUGUGCACAUUACAGAGAACUUCUUAUCGCUCAAUCAGCUACUUUCUCGCCUGGCACAAAGAUCCCACAAUGAACUGGAAGACACCAUAAGGGCUCUGGCAAAAAAGCCACUCCCUAUGGCGCCGAUGCUCAAUGGUAAUGCGGAUCACAACACGAUCGAGGACUCGAGCAACGAGAACCUAGAUAAAAAGAUUACCCUGCUCAAGUUUGCCCAGGAGCAGCACGCAAAAUGGGUCAAAGCACUAGUCAUCACGGACUGGAGCAAGAAGGCGAGCACACUGAGCAAACUGAUCGAUCUUAAGGUGCAUAUGCACACGCAGAUGGAAAAGUAUGACUUUGUUCUGGACCGGAUGAUGCACAGCAAACGCAAUCUUGCCUACGCCAGGCUACCGAGUCCGGAUCUCAAGACAGCAUUAGAGGUCCUCGCAAACGGCGAUGCCCCGUGGAUGCCGGAUCUUGGCUAUAUCCCCCCGCCCGAGAUGAGCCCAGAGGAACAACUGAAGUGGUUGGAGGAUCUUGAUACGCUCCUGUCGCUCAGGUUGACAAUCGAUGACCACGACAAGAUUCCGUACCACUUCAGGAACUACAGGAUUGGGUCGGGCCGAGUCACGUUUAUCGUCAAGGGGGAAUUCGAGGUCGACCUGACAAUCGCAGACGACGACCCUGAGAAACAGUACUGGUUCAUCGACUUUCGGUUUCUUUUCAGACCAGCACCGCCCGGACUUUCUGAAAACCUGCGGAUGUAUCUCGAGCUGAAAGUGAACGAUGUCCUUGCCACGGAAGGACUUGCUGGUUGUUACAAGUACCUGCAUGAGCUUGUUUUGACGCACAAGAUCAACGAGCUGCGGAGACAGGCUUUGGAGCUCAGUGUUGGGAGAUGGGUCGACGCACUCAACGUCGAGCGACUCAACCGUUCGUUGGCGGUGCAGUACUGGACCUCUCGCUACCCAGUCAAGGCCCCCAAUGCGCCAAAGAGUUGGGUCAUUAUUGGGGUACAUAGUGCUGCUCCCUCGGGUGGUCGACGAGCAACAGCUCCUACGAGUCGCCUGGCCUUGAGAUGGUUCAGGGACAACCAGGAGGUCAAGGAUAUCGAGAUACCUCUGGAUCAGGCAGAUCUAUCUAUGGAACGAAUUUUGAAGGAUGUGAUCGGGCGCCACACCGAACACAUUCUGACAUUGAUGCACACAGGCUUGCGAAACAAGCCGCGGUUUGUGAACAAGGAGGACCAUUUAGUCCUGGAAAUUUCGAGGAAACAGCCGUCCGAGUCAUUUUUGGCGAUGCAACUCACAAAACUCGACUCCAUGGUUGUGCGGGUCGACCAGAUCGGUGGCACGUUUGCCGUGCAACCUCGAACUCGACCGAUGCCGAUGGCCGAGUCUAAUCUCAACACGCCAGGACGGGACCCUGUGGCGGUGAUUGGAUGGGUGCGCAACACCUUUGCCAUGGAAGAGUUGGUCCGUCGCGGGAAGAGUCAGGGCUGGGUCGUUGGCAAACCGCCAGUCAAACCGGACGAUAUGCGUAAUAUAUUGAGCAAUCGUGAACAGACCGACGCGAUGGCCUGGUUUAGGAAGCAGGGCUGGAGGCCUCAAUUCUACGUAUUGGCCCAUCUGAGUAUGAGUGGUGACCAGUGGUGGCUCGUAGAGCUGACUACGCCAAACUCCAACUCGGCCGCGUCGACCGCGGGGGGCAUACGUAUCAGGACUCACGUACAGCUGCAGUUUGCAUCUAAACAAGCAAUAAUGGAGUCUUCGUCCUUCUUCUCGGAUCUCAACUACUUCACCUCAGCCAUGAUCUCCAAGAUGAGGGAUCUUAGGGAACUUCAUUCCAGGAGAAUCAACCACAUCGACCAGCCAUGCAUCAGACCUGGUCAACCUUCAAACGUUAGGAUGCCCACCAUUUUCAUACGCACUUCUGAGAUUUUGCCGUCGCUCAACGGCAAAAGUUCUUUGGGGCGAUGGGCUGCAGACGAGGUUCGUCUGUCGGUUGCCAAUGUGCAGUCUUCAUCCUCAACUGAGGUCGACAGGAGGGGCGAAAAUCGGCCUGCCCUGUCGACGCGGAUGGAUUCGCGCAUCGUCAUCGCAUCCGAGGCUCGUCUUCGGGUCCUGGAUAAGAGCAAGUUCCGGCAGCUCAGCUCAAGGGUGGACCGCGAUGUUGCCUUCAACCACAAGACUGGAGAGUUUGUGCUGCAACUAAGGUCAGAGCUGGGGGAAACCAUGAUAGACAAGUUGAUUUCCCGAUUGCAGACGAUAGAGCGCCUCUACGAAUUCCUCGGGUCCAUUAGUCGCGCUCCCAGGGGCGUGCAAUGCGAGACGGUCACGCUACGAAGGGUGGUUUUCACGUACAGCGACCUUCCGCAACCGGUGAGUGAAGAGUUGGCUGCACUGCAACCGCCGACGAAACGAUGGAAGGUUGUGCUUGACUUUGCAGACCCGAGGACAGUCAAGCUCGUCCUGGAGAAGAACAACCCUCACAUACGUGUCGUCGACAUGCUGCAAACCCUGGCCAACUCACCUCGGGGGCUGGAGAGGUUACCGUUCUACCUGCCAACCACACUUGCAGUGUAUCGGGCUCUUGAUUCGAUCAGUGAUACGUGGCAGCAGUUACAAGUUUCGAGGAAGGGCACUUUUGAGAUUUUCACCAAGAACAUCGACCUGGCCACCAUCAGGUAUGAUCUUCCCGGCCCCCAGGCGCGCCGCCUAACACUUGACGUCAAGCUAGUAGCGCGCAGGGGAGAGCUGUCUUGGCACGUCAGGAGGGUCGACGCGGAACCGAACAAGUCCAACGAUGAGUUUAGCAGGGUGCUCAAGGACAUAUGGAAUACCAAGAGCCCCAAUUGGAAGAGCCUUUCAACCAGCGCUUGCGGGCCAGCGUCGGCGGGAGUCGAGGAGCUGCUCAAAGGCAUAGACAAGGCCGUGCGGACCCUGCUGGACUCGCCGCCGCUGGUCUUGCAGCCGCAGCAGCAGCAACAGUCACAGGCCCAGCAACGUCAGCCAGUGGUACAGCCGGGUCAGCAACCCCAGAUCCAAAAUCAAGCAAACGGUGUCAUCAACAGGGGGCCACAGCGCCCGGGCCUGUCGGGGGGACUGGGGGCUCAGAUGCGGCAGAAGCAGGUACCGCAAGCCCCGAUGGGCAACCACGUCGUUGAUCUGACCUAG